CCCCCGUCUUUUCCUUUCCGCGUGCCCUAAUUUCUUGCUGCGCCUUGUCCCCCACCUCCCUCCUCCUCCUCGCCUCCUUCCUAUACAUACAGCGCGCGCGCGCACACACACACCCAACACACAAGCUUGCUCUCACUCCACUCGGCGCCGGCCCCUCCCUGGCCGUGGAAAGGAAUCUUUAAUUUCAGCUCACACCUCCCUAUCCCUCCCUUCUCCCCUCUCCCUGCUACUGCUCGCCAGGUCCCUAGCUCAGCUCACCUCGUCGUCGUCUUCAACCUCGCAAUUAUUUGAGCUCUCCCUCCCUCGUCCUUCCUCCCCCUCUCCCUCUCUCUCUCUUCCAACCGCCCAGGACGACAGGAGGGACCAAGGAGGCCAAGGACUGUUGCCACCAUGGUGUAGCCGUGCCUCUCAAGAGUCGGCCAGCUGAUGGUCGGGUGCCUCGUGAAUUCCUCUGCAACUUCGUGUGAACACAGAUGUGAUCGUUGUUUGGUGUCAACUCAAUCUCCCAUGAGAAGAUGAGAUACUCCGCAGUACUAACGUAGUUGGAGAACUUUUCCGUGGCUCUUGGGGUCAUUCAUCAGAUUCUUCCCCGGCCGACGGGAACGCCAUGUUUUCUUCUCCCAUCAUUUCUAGCUUGAUUGCUUCAUGAUUGAUCUCAUCUCGGCACUGAUUUUCCACUGCCUGCCUCCCCUUUGGAAUAUUCACCACUUGCGUAAGAAUAGGACCAAGAGCAAGGAUGCAAAAUGAUGAGGAAACUAGAUUUUCUUUCUUUUUUUUUUUUGCUAAAACUCCUAGCCCUACAUGAGUCUCCACAGAUCCAAGUCCCAUCCUAACUGAAAUAAAGUCGUAGAGUACCACAACAUUGAUCUGUCUUCGACACAUUGCUGUCAGCAUUGUUGGGCUCUGUUUCCUCAUCAUCAUGCUUAGUAUAUGCUUGAUUAGACGUAGUAGAUUUCAUAGAACCAACCAAUCUUGAACACCACUUGGCCACUCCAUCAUUGUGUAGGGUACCACAACCACUACCACCUCUCCGUCAAAAUCUGCCUUUGUCUGUCUCGUACUAACCUCUUUUCACCCUAUAUAAUCAUUCACCUCCUCUAGAGUCUAGACAUGUGAUGGGAAUGGGUGUGAGUACCACUGACUCUAACCCGGAAUUAUGUUAGCAUGUCGCCAAAGGCCAAAGCCCUGAUUAAGGGCUGGUCCUGCGCAUCAUUAACGUCACAUUGAUUCAGAUUUGCCUCACAUUCCCUCGCCUUGGUUUCUUCUAGCUUUCCCCGUGAGGGUACGAGUAGUAUUAGGUCGUCAUUAAAUCCGGCAGAUUUUAGCUUCGGGUCCUCGAUCAAGCGCCACGUUAAUGGCCGACGGCGACCCUGCUCCAGCAACAAGACAAGCGCGCGAGAAACCAGCGCGUGCGUGCUCGCCGUGCCCACACCUUUGUCUCCAUGUGUGGGUGUGGGUGUGGGUGUGCUGAUUGAUAGCGGCGUCGCCAUGGAUCGAUGGUGCUAGCUUCAGAUUGACUUCAGUAGCUAGCUGCAGUUCGGUUGGUUAACGUUGGUGAAGGUUGAUGGGCAAUACAGUGGCUAGUACUACUCCGUAGUAGCUUUUACAUUACAGUUGGUUAAUCUUGGUGCCGUUAGUUACUCUGCUCUGUCGUAGGUUAAUUGGUGAGGCAAGAAACUGGAGAAAUUAACUUCUUUUGGUCAUACUGGAGUAAGUAGGUUAUGGCAGUGUAAAUGUUGCCUGGAGCCGGUAGCAGAUUAUCCUGUCACUUGAGUAAUGAUGGAGUGAGUGACAACUGUUAGAGCUGUUUCUGGAGCGUGCAUUGGUGGCUGCUGAGUUGCAGCAGCGCUGCAGCGGCGAGUGGCGAGCUUUGCAGGCCACAGUUACUCUCCCUGAAACCAGUAGUUAUGAAUGCUGCAAAUCUCUGCAAUACAAUGAAUUAGAGCAACGAACCACCACUGGGAACAAGCAUCAUCUACAUGAUGAUCUGGUUUCUUUUGUUACCCUUCUGCGCGCAUUAUGAGGUGUGGUGGUGUGGGAUGGGCGAUGGCCUGGGCCUGUGCAGAUGAAGGAGCGACAGCGCUGGCGGCCUGAGGAAGACGCCGUCCUGCGCGCGUACGUCCGGCAGUACGGCCCGCGCGAGUGGCACCUUGUGUCGCAGCGCAUGAACGUGGCCCUCGACCGCGACGCCAAGUCCUGCCUCGAGCGCUGGAAGAACUACCUCCGCCCCGGGAUCAAGAAGGGGUCGCUGUCCGAGGAGGAGCAGCGCCUGGUGAUCCGCCUGCAGGCCAAGCACGGCAACAAGUGGAAGAAGAUCGCCGCCGAGGUGCCCGGGCGCACGGCCAAGCGCCUCGGCAAGUGGUGGGAGGUGUUCAAGGAGAAGCAGCAGCGGGAGCUCAGGGACAGCCGGCGCCCGCCGCCGGAGCCCAGCCCGGACGAGCGGGGAAGGUACGAGUGGCUGCUCGAGAACUUCGCCGAGAAGCUCGUCGGCGAGAGGCCACACCAGCAGGUCGCCGCCGCAGCCGCGCCACCGACGCUGCUCAUGGCCUCGCCCGUGCUGCCGCCGUGGCUGUCGCCGAACGCCGGGGCCACCGUUGGCGUCGCGCAGCCGCCCAGACCGCCUUCGCCGUCCGUGACGCUCAGCCUCGCGUCCGCCACCGUGGCCCCGCCCGCGCCCGCGCCGUGGAUGCCGGAGCGCGCCGCGGCCGAGGCCGCCGCCGCGGCGUACGGGUUCCCUAGCCCGCCGCAGCAGCACGGCGCCCCCGGCGGCGGCGUGCCCCCGCCCCAGCCGCCGCCUCCGCAUCCGGGCAUGGCGGUGGUGGAGGGGCAGGCGCUGGCGGAGCUCGCCGAGUGCUGCCGCGAGCUGGAGGAAGGGCAGCGCGCGUGGGCGGCGCACCGGCGGGAGGCGGCGUGGCGGCUGAAGCGCGUGGAGCAGCAGCUGGAGAUGGAGCGCGAGAUGCGGCGGCGCGAGGUGUGGGAGGAGUUCGAGGCCAAGAUGCGCACCAUGCGGCUGGAGCAAGCCGCCGCGGCCGAGCGCGUGGAGCGGGACCACAGGGAGAAGGUGGCCGAGCUCCGCCGCGACGCGCAGCUCAAGGAGGAGAAGAUGGCCGAGCAGUGGGCGGCCAAGCACGCGCGCGUCGCCAAGUUCCUCGACCAGAUCGGCUGCUCCUCACGUUCUUCGUGGUCCUCGGCCACCGAAAUGAACUGCUGAGCUAGCUGGACACACGAGCCGCCGCUGACCACACACCGCCGCCGACAUCGCCGUGCUGCUACGAGCUCCGCUUGACGACACACUUUCUUGCCCUCCGGGAUGCGACUUGUAAAACCAACAGCAAUCAGACGACGACGCCAUGGAUGAUCCCUUCCCUUGCUCGCGUUCACUUUCGCUUUCUUUUUUUUGCCCUUUUGGUUUACAACUGUUGUUACGGUCGGUUCAAUGCUUCUGUCUCUACUACUAGUUGAUCAGAGUUAAGAAAUGUAAUGCUGCUGCUGCUACUGUCGUAGUUUCCUCCUCUCUCUCUAAACUUGCGUUCUGUCAUCAGUUCUUGAUCAUGCCAAGCUUCAACCUUAGCACUGAAUAAAUAAAAACGAGAAAAUUCAGACACAGUUUCAAACC